CAUUUUUCCAAAAUGAACAAACAAGGACUCCACAGGAGGAAAGCAUCUGUUGAAAGUGGAGAUACAGAUGAUACUGACCAAGCUGCUCCUGCUAUUACUAAGAAAGGGAAGGCAACCUGGGCGGAUAUCCUGCCUUACUUCAACUUUGUGCCUUAUUUCGUACUUUUAUUCUACUCGUGGUAUUUUUGGAAUCAUAGUAUUUUGAUUGUCCUAUUUUUGAUUUAUUUCAUAGUCCCUUUGGUUGAUGCUGCUUUGCCGUGAGAUGAUUAUAACUUGAAAAACUCUCAAGUCAAGGAGUUUGAGAAGGAUAAUAGGUUUUUGAUCCCACUGUAUCUCUAUUGGUUCCUUGAUUUCUUGACGUACUUUUGGGGGAUCUAUGUGUUCAGUUUUGGGCAAUUUAAUGGUAUUUCAGAUCAGAUUACUUUAAUUUUGGUAACUGGCCACGUAGGAGGUAUUGCUCUCACGAUUGGCCAUGAGCAAUUACAUCGGAAGCAGACUAUACAUAAGAUAUGUGGGACACUUGUUUACUCCAAAGGAUUCUACAGCCACUUCUUUAUCGAGCAUAUUAAAGGCCAUCAUAAGCAUGUUGCUACUCCAAAGGAUCCAGCUACCGCAAAGUUUGGGGAGUCUCUUUAUUCUUUCGUUCUCAGAUCUUUUAUCGGAAGCUAUAAAUCUGUCUGGGACUAUGAAACAAACAGGCUCGCUAAUAAAAGGGUUCCAGAAGGUUCUUUAUCUCUGAAUAAUAGGAUGAUCUCUUUUAAUAUUGCUCACGUGGUCUGGGCUGUAUUGAUCACUUAUCUAUGAGGAGCCAGAGGGCUCUUUUUUGUUUUGGUCUAUGGUGGUCUGGUUAUCUUUUUCCAAGAGACCAUUAAUUAUAUUGAGCAUUAUGGCCUUGAGAGGAAAAAGGAUGAGAAUGGCAUAUACGAGAGUGUAAAUAUUAUGCACUCUUGGAACUCUUCGAGACGGUACUCAAAUUAUAUCCUGUUUAAACUUCAAAGACACUCAGAUCAUCAUGCGAAUGCUUACAAGCCAUAUCAGAUUUUAAAUACUUUCAGCGAUUCUCCUACUUUAACUGGAGGGUACUCUUUGGCUGUAAUUACUAGUCUUGUACCAAGCGUUUUUAAGACGAUUUAUGACCCUAUAGUUAUCGCUGCAAGGAAAGAAAUGUCACUCUCCUCAGAACAAAAAGCCCACUUAGAGAAGCUUAACUACCUAUACUUAACUGCAGUAGGAACCAUUCUUGGAGGCUUAACAUUAAUGAUUGGAUAAAAUUUGUUGCAC